AUGGGAAAGAAGAAAGCCAAGAAGAGAUCCACCCUGGAGAUCACCGGCGGCGAGGGAUCGACGACGCCUCAAGGUACUCCAAGAAAGAGAGGCCGGCCCCGCAAACUAGCAGUAGAGGAUGAGAAAGAAGAAGAGGAGGAGGCAGAAGAAGAAGAAGAUGAUGAUGAUGAUGAUGAUGAUGGUGAUUAUGAUGAUCAAGUGGAAGAACCCAAGAAGAGGGAGAAGAAGCAGAAGAGGGUGGAAAGGGUUGCAGGAGAGGAAGAGGAGCAGAAGGAAGCAGCGGCGGCGGCGGCGGCAUCCUCUGCUGCGGAGAAGAAGGAAGAAGUCACUGCAGGACCGAGCCAGCAACGACACCAGGAGAAGCCCAAGAGAAGAAGGAGGAGGAAGAGUCGACAGCCUCGUAAGAGUGCUUGA